AGUAUUCUUGUGCUUAUUCUUGUUUGUAGGAACAGCCGAACAGCGAUAGUUGAAAAUCAAACGCCACAACCUUCUCAUGCUUCACUCCCUCCCAACCCUAACUCUCCCCCAUUCAUUUUCAAUCAAUUCUACAGAUUAUCUCAUCUCUCUGAAAUCAAUUCAGCAGUUCGAGGCUUUUUAAUCUUCUAUUUGAUCCAUGUAUCCCUCCAGAGGAACUAAUCCAUAUGGGCAGCAGUCUUAUGCUGGACAAUCAUCUUAUGGACUUAAUACGGCAUCUACUUUUCCCGGAAACUCUUCUGUCGGAUCAGCUAGUAGUUCUCAGUUGACCAUGGCAUCUCGACAUCCAUCACUUUUGGGUGGUCCUCAUGAAUCAGAAAUUGGUGGAUUCAGAACUCAUGCCGCUGCAACGCAGUAUGGAGGGCAAUAUGGGUCUAUGUAUGGUCAAGCUUCAGUUGGUCAACAGGGUUCUUCUCUAAGUGUUAAGGGAUCUGGGUCAUCUGUCAUGGAAGGGCGUGCAAGUUAUGCUUCUGGGAUAAAAGAUUCUACGAAAUAUACUUCCAAGGAUUAUGCUUCUGCCGCCCUUAGCCAUGGGUAUGAUCACAAAUCUGAGCUCUCAAUCCCUGAAAAGAUGGCUGAGUAUGCAACUCUUGAGAGAAGGCAAUUUGCUGAAAGGCAGGGUGCUUAUUUAGGAAGGGAUCUGCCAGUUGAUGCUAGUGGAAGAUAUGCUGAUUCUUCUGGUUAUGCCCACAAGACCGAGAUGUAUGAUCGACUGGAUCAAGCCUCCAUUCUUCGACAAGACCAGAUGCGGAAACCUCAGUCACUGCAAUCUACCCCUCAUGAGGGUUCCAGACACACUGAUUUUCUUGCUGUUAGAAGUGGUACAUUUAAUCCAACCCAAGAUCUUCUGUCUUAUGGUGGAAGACUUGAAGCUGAUCCUCGUUUAUCAGUGGUUAGUAAUUCUUCAUACGGUGGACAACCUGCUCCUUCAAUCUUGGGAGCAGCUCCUCAGAGGAGUGUGGAUGAUCUUGGUUAUGCUCAAACUUCAUCAAAUCCUGGCUAUGGCGUGAGCCUCCCACCGGGUAGGAACUAUAGCAUGGGGAAAGGGCUUCAUGGAAGUUCUCUUGAGUCCGAAUUUCCUGGUAGCCUUUCUUCGCGCAGUGGACUUUCAAGAGUGGAUGAUCUAAAAGAUGAUAAAUAUGUUCGUGAACUUGAUUUGAGGGAAGAUGAGCGUCAGAGGGAGCGAUUGCGUGAUCGAGAAAGGGAAAGAGAACGAGAACGCGAACGAGAUAGAGAGCGUGAAAGGAAGCGCCUUUUGGAGCUUCGGGAAAAGGAGCGUGAACGUGAACGUGAUCGUGAUCGUGAACGUGAACGCAAACGAGCACAUGAAAUUAGGCGUGAACGUACUCCACCAAGAGCAUCUAGGGAUCGCCGUGCUUCUUCAUUGACGAAGGAUAGAAAAUCAUUAAAGCGGGAUUCUCCACGUCAUGAAGCUAGGACUCGUUCGCCUGUUAGAGAAAAAAGGAGAGAAUAUGCCUGCAAGGUCUAUGCUUCCCGUUUGGUAGAUGUGGAGAGGGAUUAUUUGUCACUAGAUAAGCGUUACCCUAGGCUCUACGUGUCUCCCUAUUUUUCAAAGAUGGUGGUUCAUUGGCCAAAGGAGAAUCUUAGGCUUCCAAUGCACACUGCAGUCAGCUUUGAGCAUGAUUUUGUCGAGGAUGAGAGUGAUGCUGAUCAGAAGGAGCUCUCUACUAAGCAUUUAACUGCAGUUCCUGCUAAUACAGAGCAUCAGCGCACAGUGUGGAAUGCAAAGAUAAUUUUGAUGAGUGGGCUCAGCAAGAAUUCUAUGGAGGACCUCUCUUCUGAAAAAAACAAAGAUGAUCGUAUUCCACACAUUUGUAAUAUAUUAAGGUUUGCUGUGUUAAAGAAAGAUCAUUCCUUAAUGGCAAUUGGAGGCCCUUGGGAUGCUGUUGAUGGUGGAGAUCCAUCAGUCGAUGAUGCAUCAUUAGUUCAAACAGUUUUGAGGUAUGCAAAAGAUUUGAGUCAUCUUGAUCUGCAGAGCUGUCAACACUGGAAUCGUUUCCUUGAGAUACAUUAUGAUAGGGUUGGAAAGGAUGGCUUAUUUAGUCACAGAGAGGUUACAGUAUUAUUCGUUCCAGAUCUUUCAGAUUGUCUUCCUUCCAUAACUGCAUGGCGAGAGCAAUGGCUGGCACACAAAAAAGCCGUUGCAGAGCGUGAAAAGAAACUUUCUUUAGGAAAAGAGAAAAGGGACAAAAGAGAACCUCUUAAAGAAAGUAGCUCUUUGAAGGAUGUUAAAAAAUCUGAGAAAAAGGACAGUGCAAGCUCAGCUAAGGAUUCUGAUGCGCAUAGUGGCAAAGAUGGAGAUUUGCAGAAGACUAGUAAAACUGAGAAAGAUGGAGAAAAAAGUAUAAAAACUCCUGAGACGAAAGAAGUGGAUGUAGUAACGGAUGAAGCCAACAACGGAGAGAAAAAGGGAGCAGGGGCUAACACCAGUACUCCACAAACUAUAAAGACAGUAAAGAAAAAAAUUGUGAGGAAAGUUGUCAAGAAGAAGGUUACUGACAAAACAGUCUGUGGGGAAGAUGGAAACAAGAAUGAUAAUAAGUCAGAUGAGAAGGUUGUUGAAGCUGUGGUUAUAAACUCUGAGGGUCAGCAGGAGAACACACCUGCAGAUGUGGGUGUCAAAACUUUCACCGGGAAGAAAUUAGUAAAGAAGUUGUCAGAAGCUGAUGCUGUGAUAGAAGUGGACAAAGAAUCUGGUUUGAAAAGUGAUAAGCAUCCAGACUCUUCUGGAGAUAAAUUGGAGGUAAAAUCAGAUUUAACUGGUGUUUCUGCGGUGAAGGAAAACCCUGUAAAGCGAAUUGUGAAAAGGAAAAUUAUUAAGAGGGUGCCAAAAAAGAAGGUCACUGGUGCAGCAGUCAACGGCGAGAAUAGUCAGAACAAGAUUAUUGUUCAGAGUGAGGAUGGAAAGAUAAACAAUGCUGAAAAGUUAACUGAUAGUGUAGGUGAAAAGUUAGUGAAAGGUGCUACCACACAACCUGUGGGAAUUGCUAAGAAGCAAGAUGAUGCUGUGUCAUCAAGUAAAUCUGAGAAGAGUGCUGAAAAGGUUAAAGGAAAGGAAGAAGAGAGACGUGAUUUGAAGAAAGUUUCUGAGUCGAAAAAUAUUCAUGAAAAGGAAAAUGAUGUUGAAGACAAGGAGAAGUCAAAGGGAAAGCCAAUGACAAAGGAUGGAAAGGAGAGGAAGGAAAAGGAUAAAAAAGAUGAACAGAGAAGCAAAUCAAGCAAAGACGUGGAAAGAAAAAAGUCUGAUGAACCUCCUCGGCACCCUGGAUUCAUUUUACAAACAAGAGGUGGCAAAGCUGGGAAAUUAAAAUCAUUAUCACUUUCUCUGGACUCCUUGCUGGACUAUUCUGACAAGGACGUUGAAGAGGAAACAUUUGAGCUUUCAUUGUUUGCGGAGUCUUUCUAUGAAAUGCUUCAAUAUCAGAUGGGCUGUCGUGUUUUAACAUUUCUACAGAAAUUACGAAUCAAAUUUGUAACCAAAAGAAACAGUCGUAAAAGACAAAGGGAACCUGAUGCUGAUAAAAAGAAAAAGGAGAAGACAGCGACAAAGCGUUUAAAAAGUGCGGAUAUUUCUGCUGAAGAAAGGUCUAGUAAAUCCGAGAUGAAAGAUGAAGCUCAUUCUAAUGAGAAGCCAAUGAAAAAGGAGGAUAACACAGUUGAGAAGGAUGAUAAAGCAGAGAAAACUGAGGGGGUUGAAAAGGCGACUGCGGAAGAAAAUCAAGAAAUGAUUGACGAUGAAGAAAUGAUUGAAGAGGAGGAUCCACAGGAGGAUCUAGAGGAAGAUCCAGCAGAAGGUGCAGAGCAAGAUGUAAAGGAAGAUGAAGAUAUGGAGGAUGAAAGCGCAAAUAACGACACUUUGAAGGAGAGCAAUAUCGAGCAGAGUCAGAAACAGAGUGACGAGCAAGACAUAAAAAAGCAAAUUGCAGACGAUAACUCCAACAAUGACGAGAAGAAAGCUUAUGUUGAUGCGGUUGCCUGCAACACAAAUGAAUUGGAAGCUGAGGGAUCAAAGAAAAUUGCAGCUAACAAAGCACCAGCGAACAAGGAAUUACUACAGGCCUUUAGGUUCUUUGACCGGAAUCAAGUUGGCUACCUUAGGGUGGAAGAUCUGAGAAUAAUCAUCCAUAACCUUGGAAAAUUUCUCUCUCACCGGGAUGUGAAGGAACUGGUGCAAAGCGCUCUAUUGGAAAGCAAUACGGGACGUGAUGAUCGCAUUCUGUACGAGAAGCUGGUGAGAAUGUCUCUUGACGUGGACAAGUAAUUGCUUCAUUAUAACUGGCACAGUUGCCUAAGUAUGAUGCUAUGUUUUGUUCGCCGCAUUUCGAAGGUAGUGUUUGCACUUCGCAAUGUAACAUACUAGUAAAUACAAUCUUGUUGGCUGACACCUCAAGAUUCUGAAGUUAUGUGUUGUCCGGGAUAUGUUUUUACAAACUUCUUUUCAAUUGUAGAAAUCGAAUCAGACAGAAAAUAUUUCCCGCAUAAACUGUAAACCUCUAGGAAAGAAACAGAAGUACACUGCAUUGUUAUUUUCUCAAGUUUUCUCCGUA